AUGCAGACUGUUUCUACAAACAUUUGUGAAAGAAUGGGUCGCUCUCAAGAGCUCAGUGAUUCAAGUGUGGUAACAUGAUAGGUUGCCACCUGUGCAAUAAGUCCAUCCAUGAAAUCUCCUUGCUACUAAAUAUUCUAUGGACAACUGUUAGUGGUAUUAUAACAAAGUGGAAGAAACUGGGAACAACAGCAACUCAGCCACAAAGUGGUAAGCCGUGUAAAAUGACAGAGCGGGGUCAGCGCAUACUGAAGCAAACAGUCAAAUAUUAUUAUUAUACAGCUUGUUUGGCGGUCAAUAACUAAAGACCUCCAAACUUCAUGUGGCCUUCAGAUUAGCACAACAACAGUAUGUAGAGAGCUUUAUGGAAUGGGUUCUCAUGGCAGCUGCAUCCAAGCCUUACAUCACCAAGUGCAAUGCAAAGUGUCAGAUGCAGUGG